AUGGCUGCUGGGACAGAAGCAGCUAGUCAAGAUUUUUGUGCCGAUAUAGAUCGAACUAAUAGCGCAAGAAAUAGUCUUGACCAAGAUCAAAGAUAUCACGAUGCCUUAGAUACAACUAUCAAAUCAAGAUUUGGCUAUUUUAAAUGGUCACCUGAUUUUUUACAAGUUAUCAAUAAACCUCGUUGGUUGCUGUUUAUUAUAGCAAUGUACUUUACUGUUGCUAGUAUGCAAGUUACUGGGCUACGAGCUGUUGUUGUUAGGCCAUUAGAACGUCGAUUUAAUAUCACUAGCACUCAAGUUGGUCUCAUUGUCAGUGUUAACGAGAUUACUGCUUCAGCUGGUUCAGUCCUUUUUACCUAUUUUGCUUCGCAAGGGCACAAAGGUCAAUGGUUGGGAUAUGGGGCUUUAACUUUCGGGAUAGGGUCGCUGCUCUUCAGUACACCUCAAUUUAUCACCGAAAAAUAUGUGUAUUCCGACUUAAUUAAUCAAUCUGAUCUUUGCAGCUUAUCUUCAGUUUUAUCAAAUACCUCUACAGGCAAUACUUGCCAGCAAAAAAAAGUUUAUUCUUCAGACUUAUAUACAGCUAUUUUUAUUGGAGCACAAAUUAUUAUUGGAUUAGGCGUAUCAACAGUCUAUAAUGUUAGUAUUGCAUAUGCUGAUGAAAACGUUAGCCCUAAAUCAUCUCCAAUUUACGUUGGAAUAAUUAAUUCUAUGGCAGCAUUAGGUCCCGCACUAGGAUUCUUAUUAGGUGGAAUUUUGCUCAAUAUCUACAUAGAUUGGCCGUCAACGCCGUCAGGUAAUCUGACUCCGUCGGAUCCAAGAUGGAUCGGAGCCUGGUGGCUAGGCUAUGUUAUAACUGCUAUUUUACUUUUCUUGAUUGCGAUUCCAAUGCUCGGUUUCCCGAAGCAUUUACCUAAUUAUCAGCGCUAUAGAGCUGAACGAAAAGCAUUAUCAUCCGCUAAGGAAGAUGUUGAAUUUAAAAGGCGCCUAUCUGAUUUCCCGAAAGCGUUAUAUGAACUAUUAACUAAUAAAGUUCUUAUGUGUACCAUCAUGGCUUUUGCGUUCGAAGAAGUUAAUAUUUCCGGAUUAUCUUCAUUCUUACCAAAAUAUAUAGACUCUCAAUUCUCUCUUGGGCUAUCAACAUCCGUACUCAUUGCAGGUGCCGUUACAGUAGUCGGUGGAGCUGGAGGAAUAAUUAUUGGUGGAGUUGUAAUGAAAUAUUUGAAUCUAUAUGAAGAUAAAACGGUUAAAUUCUGCGCCCUAAUUUCGCUAAUUGGGCUCUUUCUGAGCCUUGGAUUGCUAAUCAAAUGUGAUAGUCCGCCAUUUGCUGGUGUAAAUAUUCCUUACCAUACAAACAUAAGUUCCAAUACAAGUACUAAUUUUUUCAUGCGCGUUUUUAGUUACAAUCCAUUAUUUACUGCAAACAUUACCGGCAACUGCAAUUUACCCUGCCAUUGCAAUGAAGUAAAGUACAACCUAAUUUGUGGAUUAGAUGGGAAAAGCUAUUUCUCACCAUGUCAUGCAGGAUGUAGGAAAAGGAUACUAAAUUCAAAAACUAACAUUAUGGAAUACUAUGACUGUGAAUGCAUAAAUACAAGCGAUGACUUUCAAAGCAAGGAAGGCACAUUAUCCAUCCCUGUUCGCGAGGCUUAUGGCGGCAAUUGCCAAGGAUCAUGUAGUCUGUCUAUUCCUUUCUUUAUCUUAUUGGCCUUUAUUAUGAUCUCAACAUUUCUCAAUGUAGCACCAGGAAUGCAGAUUAUUCUACGGUCUGUGCCAGAGAAUCAAAAUGCUUUUGCGGUAGGAUUGAUGGGUACUUUUGCCCGUUUAAUAGGUGGCUUAAUUGGACCGGUAAUCUUUGGAGUUAUUUUAGAUCACUCUUGCUCACUGUGGGAUGAAAAUUGUAAUCAGCGAGGAUUUUGUUGGGCCUAUCAUAAUGAUACUUUAAGCUUAUUAGUAUUUGCUGCUAUGGCUACUUUCAAAUCUCUUAAACUCAUAGCAUAUUUAUUAGCUUGGCAUUUCUAUCCAGUUUCGCAAGAAAGUAAUAAGCGAAAUUGCUUUAGUGAUAACAGAUUGAAAGAAAAGAGUAACACAAGAAAUAUCUCAGAUUCUCCUAAAUCUAAAAUUAUGUUGAUCACUAAAGUAACAACAGUUUAG